AUGAGUACACCUUAGAUAUCAACCCUAGGCAUGGAGUCCAUUGCGGCUCUGCUCUAGAGAAAAUCUUUCAGAAUUUUAGUAGAUCUAAAAAUAUUUCGCCCCUCUUCAUUGUCUACUUAAUAAUCAACUUUAUAUUCUUAAAAACCAUAUAAAUAACUUAACUUCAUGCUGCCAGCGUCGCUUAAGGAGCCACUCUCGAACUUUCUUGAUGAAGUAGAGAUCACUUAUGCAAGCAAAAAUAAUCAACGAGAGAAAAUCAAAUGCAUGAAACUAAUGGUCGAAGAUAACUAUGAAGUAGACUGCCGCUUCUCUGUAGAAGAAUGCUUGGCAGAUAUGAUGAAAAUAUUCAUUUUUGCAGAAUUGACUCAAGAUGGAAAAAAGAAUCUUAAUCUAGAUAAUAACAAAUCUAUCAUUAAUAAUGACUACUCCACUCAUUCAAACAACCAAAAUGGUCACUAGGAUAAUAAGAAAUAAAAGUAGGAAUUAACUAAGGCUAGGACUGAGCUAAUAAAGACGACAGUGACAGCUCCUUAACCAAAUAAUGAUAAAAACAACUCUGAUAAAUUGGUAGGUUAAAAGAGACCUCAUGAUAAAUUAAAUAGCAGUAAUACUAAUCAGUUAGAUAAGGAACUAAACUAAAAGCUCAACAAUCAUCUAAAUAACCAAAAGAAGCAAUAGAAAGUUACUGUUACUCACAAAGACUCCCUAUCAUCUCUAAGUGAUGAUCUAUCAAAGAGAAAUCAAGUUCUUAAGGAAUAGCUGGAAAGCAGUGACAGUUCCUCUGAUGAAGAUCUACCCAUUGCUCCUAAAAGUUCUCAAAUUAAAAAAUCUUUAACACAAUAAAACAUAAAAGAAGAUAAGAAAGUUGUUGUUGAAGUAUCAAAGUAGGUCCCAGAAGCCCUAAGUGGUGAGAAAUCCAAAAAGCAAGAGAAAAGAAGGGAAAAGAAGGAAAUGAAGAAAAAGCUGAGAUAGGAAAAGAAACUGUAAUAGUAAAUGAUGGACAAUGAAGAUAGGUAAAGAGUUAAGUAAGCAUAAGACAAGAAGAGAUAAGAACAAAACUAAUAAAAAAAAGUAUAAAAAGAGCAAAAGAAGGAUGAGAAAGAAGUAAAGAUAAUUGCUAAAGAGAUAGUAAACGGCAAGAAGUAAGAUACAGAUAAUUAAGAUAAAACCAAGUCAAAGCUAAAGCCAGAGAUAAAGCCUAAAUUCAAGUCAGAAAAUGAAUCUCCUUAAAGUUCUCGAAAAUCGAGCAGCAGUUCAGAUGAGGAGAAGAGCAUUCAACUUCAAAAGAUGAUUAGCGCCUCAAUCAAUAGCUACUCUCUUGAAGAUGCUUACCAAAGUGCUGGCAUUGAAACACCACAUAAAGCUGCUUAAAAGAGUAGUAGUUCAAGCUUAAAAUCAUCAACUCUAUCUUCCCCAGUUAAAAAAGAAGUUGAAAUCAGAAUCAAAAGUAAAAAAAAUGAUAAGAAAAAGGAAUUGCCUAUUAUAGUUGUGAAAAAAGACUCAGAGUGUGAUCUUGACAGCUUAAGCAGUGAUAGUGAGAGCGAUGCCUUGAAAAAUAAACAGCAAGAUACCAAUCAAAAGUCAAAUAAAAAAUCAGAUAAGCCACAAGAUGACGACGAAGAAAAUGAUGAAUUCAGUAAAUUCCUUAAAAUCUAGGAUAAUAUUGAGAAGAAGAGAAAAGCCUCUACAUCCUUCCACGAGGGAUAUGCCAAGGCUAAAGCUCAAAAAGACAAGUCCUUCCCCAAUCUAUUUAGAGAUUGA